AUGGAAUCAUUUGAUGGUUUCACUAAUCCUUUGGAUCAUCUUGAAGGUUAUAGGGCCAUUAUGAGAUUGCAAGGGGCAUUUGAUAAUCUACUUUGUGUCACCUCCCCAUCACUUUCAAAAAAUCUUCUAUCCACUUCUUUUGUUCAAUCUGCAGGUAUAUUUACUCUUUCAAACCUUGGAAUGUUUGGUGUUGACCGUUUUGAUGCAAUUUUGCCUCCUGGAACUGGUGCAAUCAUGGCUGUUGGUGCUUCCCAGCCAACUGUUGUUGCUACAAAUGAUGGUAGGAUUGGUGUGAAGAGUCAGAUGCUGGUAAAUGUAACUGCAGAUCACCGGGUCAUGAUUUGUGGAGCUGAUCUUGCUGCCUUCUUGCAAAGUCUGGCCAAAAUUAUUGAGGAUCCCCAAAGAUCUGACACUGUAGUUGCUGCUGCAGACUGGGCAUUCCUCUACAGUGUUUCUUCUGUUAACUGAAUUUAGUAAACUUCAUCAGGGAAAUACUUUUACAAGUAGAGCUUCAGGAUAGAUGCUUCUUGUAAUAUGAGCUAGCUAUUAUAUGUUCAA